CCCUCCGCGCGGGGCGUGGCGGGAGGCCCCGCCCCCCUCCCCUCAGAGCGCGGCCAUGGCGUACGGCGGCCUGGCGGUGCCCAUCAUCGUCAUGAGCGUGUUCUGGGGGGUGGUCGGCGGCGUCCUGCCCUGGCUCGUACCCAAGGGGCCGAACCGCGGAGUGAUCAACACCAUGCUGGUGACCUGUGCUGUUUGCUGCUACCUGUUAGCCUGCUACGUGUUCCAAGGCUUGUGUGCCCGAUGGACUGCUGCAGGCUCAGCUGCUUGUUCUAGCUGGAGUUCUACCCCGUGCAAAACUGAAAGGGGCAUUGCAGAGAGAUAUUGGUCCAUUUGAGGAGGAUUGAUGAGUUUUCUCCAAGUCUGACCCACAUCUUUGCCUUCGUGGCUGUUGCAGGCGGCCGACCUGCGCUGGGUUUGCUGGUCAGAGCAUCGAGGUUGGUGUGGAAUUUUCCAUGACUGCCUAAGCACUCUGAUACAUUUGUGGCAGCUCCCGUUACAAAGCUGCUCUGCUUUUUCUCCUCCUUACAAAGCAUUCUAGAAAUAGCAGACAGAUGAGCCAGUGUGUUCACUAAAUGUGUUUAUAUAGUUAGUAUUUAACAUAGAUUUAAAUCCAUGGAAGCAUCCAUUGCUUUUUCUGAUUCUUGUAACGUUUACAAAGCAAAUCUGUCUUUUAAGAGUGGAAUAUUUAUUUCUGUUUAGCUUUCCUGGAUAUUUUCCACAAACUACAUUCCUCUUGUUCUCAGUUCUGGCCAUGGCUUCUGCUUUGUGCUCUGCUCCAGUGACAAGGCUGCUGUGCUGAUGGUCUGGGCUUUGUGUCAUACUGGGGUUGUUCUUGUGGGGUUGGUUUUUUUUUUGUCUUUUUUUGUGUUAUUUUGUAUCCUUUUGCUUCAGGUCCAUGUUUUUUGACCUCUGUGCCAGGUUUAAAUUCACUUCUGUUAAAUCUCUGAAAAAUACCCCACAUCUGCAAGGACAGGUUGUUGUGCACUGAGAAGCAAAUGAGAGAGAGGAUGUUUCUCAGAGGUUGUUGUUUAAAGGAUGCUUCAAAGGCACUGAAAAAAGCUCUUGUCUCUUAUGUUUUCCUCUUCUGAGCCCCCAAAUACCUGAGUUUCAUGUGUCUCCAAACACUUUUCUGUCAGAAGAGAGGUGUGAGGGCAGUGCUGUCAGGAGGUUUUGUGUUGCUUUCAGUUGACCAGGACAAUCUAUUUCAGCUGCAGAAUGAUUUGGUGCCAUAAUUUCAUUGCUGGUGGCUGGUCCUUGUGCAUGAGCUGGAGUAGAAUUUUUAUUUGAGCUAGACCUUCCCAAAAUAGCCUUUUCUUCUCUGCUAGUCCUCGUUUUGGACAAGCUUUCCAUUGUCACAAGCUGUCAUUCGGCUGAUUUGUCUCUGUUGGGCUGGGGGGGUGUC